AUGAAUGUUAUCCUUCUGUUGUCGACCCGUAAAAUCUUCACAACAGUUUGUAAGAGAGCGUCGGAGCCCCCAAUCAAUCUAAGCUCUCUGAAUAGAACAAGCCGUGUUGGAGUCGAAGAAGAAAAGAAAACACAAACCACCGACCAAGCGCAUCACACCGACACCAGUGCUUGUACUUGUGCUCGUUUGAAGAGAAAAAGAGAAAACAAAAUGGUGUUAUCGACAAGUCGUUGGAGCAAGCAAAGCAAAUUAAAUAGAAAAUCAUAA